AUGCUGUUGCCCAGGAUAUGCAGAAGAUGGCGGGAAGUUGCUGUGGGAACGCCAGGUUUAUGGUGCAGACUGUUUGGUGGGUUUAGGAGCUCCCGCUGCAGGCACAGGAAGAAGGAAUCCUUCUGCUAUGACACAUGGCUCAAGCGAUCGCAAGGACUUCCCCUGUCGUUGGAAGUCAUGUGUUUUUCAAAUCCCUUGAUCGGCCUUCUUCAACAUUACACGAAUCAAAUUUCGUCUCUUCGUAUCGUUUGCUGCGCCGCCACCCAUGAACUUCUGUUAAACGACCUCCCAGCACUUCAGGUGCUUACCAUAGAUGGGCUGACCAACUACUCUCAAUUGGAGAGGAGUACUAUUGCACGAUCUAUCUUGAACCACUCAUUCACCCUGCGCAGUCUCAGAGUCAGUAGUGAACCAUCAUUCUACUCGGCCGACUUCGAUCCCUUCAAGAAUUUCAGAUGGACCCACCUCACAGAUGUUGAUAUCUGUGUUUGCCAAAAAAAUGUACUCGUCGUAUUGCUGCAGCAGGCUCCCAACCUCUCCUCAGUCAAGAUUUUCAUAAUGGACAUGCACCCUGAACCCCCCUUACCGGUAAAGCUAUGUACGCACGAGAAGCUUCAACUCUUGCAUAUUAGUUCUUCUGAAUCGCUCGCAUCACUCCCCUACAUGCUUGAUGCCCUGUCACUCCUCAACUUGCGCAAUUUUAUUGCCAAUGAAGGGAUACAGCUUGAGUGGCCUCACGAGGAGUUUAAAGCAUUUUUAGCACGGUCAAAGUGUCCUCUGGAGGUCCUGCACUUUGGUGCGGGGACCUCAAAAUUCGACAAGCAGGCAGCGGAAUAUAUUGCUCUCAUUCCUUCUCUUAAAGUGUUUCCGGCUCGUAAAUACAAAGUUUACAGACGUCAUUGGUGUUAUAUGUAG